GCUCGCCCUGCCAGGCGGACGGCUAGCGCCGCCAAGCGGCCGCCACCACCAACCUAAAUGUGGAAUUCGAAUUUCAAAAGUGUAACGUUAAAAUGGGAGAUAAACUUUUAUAUCGUUAGUGAAUUUUAAUAUGUGAUCGACAGUGAUUGUAUACACUGCUGGUAUAAAUUUUCUGAAUUUUUAAUGCGUGUAGCGGCAGUGCGGCAGUGGCGUGUGGGUUGAAGGUACCCGCGGAAAGAACGGCCUCAUACUUUUGAUACAGAUAAUACAAAUAAAGUGCAGUCCUUUUGGGGACUGGCGAAUCGAAAACGGCGCUCAGCGCUUGUACGAUUACGUUCCAUCUUUUAAUCGCCAGCGAUGUCCCCACACACGAGGUUCAGUAGACUCGAGGGCGACUAUAUUGUGGUAAUGUGGAGGAGGGGACAGAGCCGGUCGCCGUAGUACUGUUAGUUUCGUUCUCCACAUUUGUAGGGGAAGAUUUUAAAAAUGAAUCUCCUUAAUAUGGACGCGGAGAACCGCGUCGUUCUCAAUGUGGGAGGCAUUCGCCACGAGACGUACAAGGCAACGCUGAAGAAGAUCCCCGCGACGCGCCUGUCCAGGCUGACGGAGGCGCUCGCCAACUACGACCCGGUGCUCAACGAGUACUUCUUCGACCGGCACCCUGGCGUGUUCGCGCAGGUCCUCAACUACUACAGAACGGGGAAGCUCCAUUACCCAACAGACGUCUGCGGACCUCUGUUCGAGGAGGAGCUUGAGUUCUGGGGUCUGGAUGCCAACCAGGUGGAACCGUGCUGCUGGAUGACCUACACGCAGCAUCGGGAUACCCAAGAGACCCUGGCAGUUCUGGACCGGCUCGAUUUGGACACCGAAAAGCCUUCAGAUGAAGAAGUAGCCAGAAAAUUCGGGUUCGAAGAAGACUACUACAAAGGAACUGUGUCCUGGUGGCAACAACUGAAACCUCAGAUGUGGUCGUUGUUCGAUGAGCCCUACAGUUCUAAUGCAGCUAAGAUAAUCGGGGUGAUAUCAGUGUUUUUCAUAUGUGUAUCUAUAAUAUCGUUUUGCUUAAAAACUCAUCCAGAUAUGAGAGUGCCAGUGAUUAGAAACUAUACAGUGACAACAGCAAACCAAACGCAGAGUUGGGCGUUGGACAAAGUGCAAACAAACGCCCAUAUCGCGUUUUUCUACAUUGAAUGUGUGUGUAACGCGUGGUUCACAUUGGAGAUCUUAGUGAGAUUCAUAUCAUCGCCAAAUAAGUGCGAAUUCAUUAAGUCUUCAGUCAACAUCAUCGAUUACAUAGCCACAAUGAGCUUUUACAUCGAUUUAAUACUCCAAAAAUAUGCGUCUCACGUAGAGAACGCGGAUAUCUUGGAGUUCUUUUCCAUUAUUAGGAUAAUGAGGCUUUUCAAGUUAACAAGACAUUCGUCUGGUCUCAAGAUUCUCAUACAGACGUUCAGGGCCUCAGCCAAGGAACUGACUCUUCUGGUGUUUUUCUUAGUGCUCGGUAUAGUAAUAUUUGCCAGUUUGGUAUAUUAUGCUGAGAGGAUACAAACAAAUCCUCACAAUGACUUUAACAGCAUACCAUUAGGGCUUUGGUGGGCGCUGGUUACCAUGACGACUGUAGGUUAUGGUGAUAUGGCGCCGAAGACUUAUGUGGGGAUGUUUGUUGGAGCGCUCUGUGCUUUAGCUGGUGUACUAACGAUAGCUCUGCCGGUACCCGUUAUAGUGUCCAACUUCGCAAUGUAUUAUUCACAUACGCAAGCCAGAGCGAAAUUACCAAAGAAGAGACGAAGAGUUAUCAAUGUAGAACCGGCUAGGCCACCGAUGCGUGCUCCAGGAGUUCCAGGUGCUCCUGGAGGUGGAGGACCCAUGGCACCCGGUAUGGGAGCCCAAGCGGUCAAUCGUAGGAUGAACGCUAUUAAAACUAACCAUCCCAAAGAUAUGAUGGGGCCUAACAUGGUUGCAACCUUGAUGCCAGGGAUGGAUUUGUCAGUAACUACCCGUCUCUCUCCAAACCCUCGCGAUAUGAGUCCAGCCCUAGCUAUAGCGUUACCAAUGAUGAAAUCUGUGAACAUAGUACCAGCUCAGUGUUUUGACAACAUGGCGUUCCACGGAGAGAAAACCGAAGAUAGAAAAAGUGAAAUUGAUAAAAGUAGUAAAAACACUAGCCGGCAAGCAUCUACUGAAAGCGAUAAUACUAUAAGAGUAAACAAUUAUAAAAAUGAAAUAUAUAUUGACAAGAGUGAAGAGAAAACAGACGCUAGGACGCCGUUAUUGCGUGAUCAUAAAAUUGAAUCGCUCGACGAGAACAAAAUGCGCGAAAACAAAACUGAGAAGAGGAAAUCUUCAGCUUCUACAUAACAAUAACUUCUAAUGUAUUAUUAUUAUUGUAUAAUUAACGAUUAACAUUAACGCUACUGCUAAAUUAAACAUAAUAUCAACGAGACCAAUAGUACUAAGAAUGAUUUCGAAUCUAGUGAUCGUGCUAGUUCUUACUCCCCGAAAAGAACGUGCUGGAACGUUCAUAUUAUGGAAAUUUAUAGGGGAAGCGAUUAGUACAUUACGAGUAUUUCAAAUAUAAUUGUAAGAAAACGUAAUAACUCAAAUUACCAUAUUGACCGUGUCGUUACAUGAACUAUUUGAAAAGUAUAUAAUUAGAACUAUUUCAGUAAAAGAAUAACCCGGUAACAUUUAGAUUUCUUUAAAAAUAUGUAAUUAAGUCGAUUUAUGUAUUAUUAAAUUUAGUAUUGAAUUUUUAUACAAUUCAGUGUUAAAUAAAACAAAACGUAAAUAUUAUACAAAUAGUACACAACCGAUAAACAAUUGUGUGUAAAGAUAUAAAUAAAUAUUUAUGUAAAGAAUAAAUUAAAUAAAAAAGUAAUUUAUUAUUACACAAAAUGUUUAUUACGCAAGAAACGUGAGUUGAAUUAUUACAUUUUCAUUAAAUUGUUUGAAAUAUCGUUCAUAUUUCAAUAAGUGGAUCAUUUGCAAAACAAAUGACUCCAGAGAUGAUGGGGACGGUAAUGAGAAAUGCCUUGAAUUAGCAAUGUUAUAAUUUAUUAAUGGACUAUAAUAAUAUACAUAAUCUAAAAUUUCGUCUUAUAAGAAAGAUCAAGCAUUGAGGGCCGUGAUAGAUGUAAGAUAGAACAAGUGUUUGAAGCACUUACACUUAAUAAAAAUAAUAAUAGUCGCCUGUCACAAAAAAAUACCUAGUGAAUUUAAUGUAAGCUAUACGUUCACUGCUUUAAGUAGAAUUUGCCAAGUUAUUAAUUUACACAUAAUUAACUUUUAAUUAAUAAUAUUAAUUUUACACAUUGGACUUGAACUAAGGAGAGCUGUUUGCUGAAAAAUACGCUCGUCGAUGAUAAAUAUAAUAAUUAAAUGAAAAAAAUAGCUUAAUUUCCAAACAUAUCAUUUAUCUUUUCAUCAGUUAAAAUUUUCUGAUGAGAGACGAUAUUUAUGAAGUGUACGCAUAUUUUAGUACAUUUGAGUACAUUUUUACAAUUAAUAUUUACAUAUCAAAUGAAUCAAUUCCUUUAUCAUUAUAUUGAAAUUUCAUUAAAUUAAAAUCGAAUACUAUAGAUAAAUAUACAUUGAAAUAACAAUUAAAUUAGAUAUAAAAAUAAUUAUCACAGUGUAAUUAAUUUAAAUGAAACAAAUCGUGGAACUUUCUACUUAAAGUAGUGAUAAAUUUAAUCAUUAUAUAUAAUCAUUAUGACCAGAUUUAUGCAUAGUCAAGUUUACUGUCCAUUAGUGAGAAAGAAAUAGCUUAAAUGAAUUACAUACAACAAAGUCGAUUUAAAAAUUACCUCAUUAUUUCAGAACACUUUAAUUCACCCCUAUUGUAUGGUUAUUAUGGCGUAAUGUUGUCCUAAUUCCCUUCCUCUCGCAUUUUGAAGUAAGCAUCCGCUUACUACUAUAUUCCAAAUUUCAGCUUUCUAUACUUAGUAGUUUUGGCAUGAUAGACAGUCAGUCCAAAAGAUUUUACAAGUAUAAAUAAAAAUAUAGUAAAGUAAUGAUAAUAAUCUCCGGAGUAUUAUAGUAAUUUGUCCCUUCAGAGCGAUAUUACUUUACAUUCUUUCACAGGUUUCUUACAUCAUUUGUGUAAAAAGUUCUAGUAUAGUAAUUCAUAAAUCAUUUUACUAUAAAUAUAAUUAAAUUUUGUGUAAAUUUAAUUAAUUAGUGGCACUUUUUUAAUAUCUUUUUAAAUUAUGUGUAAUUCAUUAAAGUUAUUUCAGUGUAAUCGAAUAAGAAACGUUAAAACAAUUUAAUGUAAAUAAAAAUAAAAUUAUUAUGUAGCGUUAAUAAUUUUAUAUCUUGACAGUUACAUAAUUAUAGAAUGAAUCACUAGAAACACAUAUCAUCGGCACUUUCUUUCAGUCUUGGUGUUAUAUUUAUUUUACGUGUAUAUAUAAUAAUAAAUUUAAGAUUAGAUAGAGGUAACAAAAAUAUUUCUUGAAUUAAAUAAAUAUUCGCCGUAAACGCAACAUGUUACACUUUCACUAAAUAAACUUGAUUAAAAUACAGUAUAUUUUUUUUUACUGAGUGAAAAUGAAAUGGUAGCCCCGCCUGCGCUAUCGGUAUAUGCUGGCGGGGUACCAGUAGGGAUGAUAGGUGAGGAUGAAAGUUAGUUGGCCUAUUGUGAUGAAUUUCACAAGAAUUAACCACGAUGGUUUCCAGAAGAACCGUGUAUUGGUCGACUUGAUUCUAGCGACGAAGCAAAUGAGUUCAACAAUCCCUUUUACAACUGUACUACUGCACUUUAUUUACACAUAAAUACCUAGUUAGAGAUGUAUAAAUAAAAUUCCCGAUAGUACAAAUUUAGAAAGUGAGGUUCUCUAAAUUGCCUCAUAUCUGAUCUAUCCUCAAAUUUUUAUAUAAUUUCUCAUAACACAUUAAUUGUGUUACACUUUAAUAAAUAAAAUAAAUAAUAAAUAAAUUAACAUCCACUCGUUACAUAGUUUAUUUAGUGGAUGUGUAAUUAAUAUAGCAAUUUUCAAAUAUUAUGUUGCUUGGCAACAUUAGUAAAAAGCACAAAAAAAAAAUUAAAAUAAUAAUAAUAAAGGAAAUGUUUAUGUCUAAAAACGGGGACCUUAAUCAUUUUAUAAUGCUGUUAAAUGUGUAAUAUUUAAUUGUUCAAUAUAAUUUAUUAUUGAAUAGUAUUGUUUUACAUCAAAUAAGUUAAUUGUUUUUACAUUUAAUUUUACAUAUAUGUGUUUAAAUUAUAAAUGGCAUAAAAUGCAAUAAUAAUACACGGAUAGCACGAAACUUAAGUUUAUAUUAAAAUAUAUUUGUAUAUAAUUUUAGAUAUAAUAAUAUACGUUAUUGUACCAUAAUAAUUAUAUAUAUAAUCUGUACCAAUUAGUCAAAAUAAUAAUUGUGUUAAUAAAUUUUCAAUUACUUGUAUAAUUUAAUGCUAUUUAGACUAUGUUUAUAUAAUGCUAAUUCUUAAAUAAAGUUUUCUUACAACGCCUGGUUUACUUCGCAAUAAAAAAUAUAUUUCGCAACAUUCUUUUAAUAUUUAAUUAAUAAUAAUUUAUUGUUGUAAAAAUUUGUUAUUAAAUUUAAUAAAUAUAAACAUGUAAAAUAUCUAGUAAAAAAAUAUUUACACUAAUUUGUUGACACGAACUUUGAUUUUUUCGAACAUAUUAUAUAAAAGAGUAAUUAUUUAAAUAAAAAUUCUAUUUUUGUUAGUAAGUUUUUGUUUAAUCGAAAUUAUCCUAUGAAUUAACGUAAACUGGGCGUCUGUAUACAAUUUUUAAUAAUGUAUAUAAAAAAAAGCAGUUUUAGUGGACCACGUAUAAUUAAUCGUUUUACACUAAAAUACUUUAUUAAUUGCUCUUUUAUGCAAUGAUAAAAAUCUUUGGCAGUUUUGUAUUUUAUUAGUAUAUUUUAAGCUAUAUUUUAGGAUUGAACGUGCGAUGUCACAAUUACAAAGAACAAGGAUAGACACACCUCUUUGGAUGUCAUAAAGGGUCUAACAAAACAUAGAAGGACAGUACUGAAUUGGAUAAAAUAGAUUUUGUGUCAUUGUAAACUUGGCUAAUUGGUAAAAAGAAAUAUUGUUUUAUUAAUAAUCAGUAUUUAAUAAAGAAAAUUUAUUUGUUAUAUUAGUUAAAUGUCGAAAUUUAUUCAAAAUAUAUUAAUAUUUCUGUUGAAUAUUAAAGAUAUAUUCGACAAAAUGUGUACCGCCAAAAUUUAGACAAGUUUGAACAUAAUAUUUAGGAUUUAUUUUUGUUUUUAUUAAACAAAUAUUUUUACAUGUAUACAAAUAUUUUAUAACACGCACAAUUUUAUUUUGCUAUUUGAAACAAUAUUUUAUUUAUAUCCAGUUUAUUUUUCGAAUCUUAUUUUUUUUCUGCUUUUAUAAAUAUAAAUAUAAAAUUUUAAAAAGUUUAUUUAUAUACUUGAAAUUAAUUUAAAUUUGCACACUACACAAUGUUUUGUGUCCAUUUUAAUGAAAAUUAUAUAAUUCCCAAUAUAAAUAAUCUGAUGAAUACUCUUCUAUUAGAACCGAAGUACACGAGCGAUUUUUCCGCUACGGGAUUCACUCAUAAACCAUAGCACACACUACUUUAAAAUAUAUACAUAUACCAAUAUUAUUAGUCGGCGAGGAACACCAUAGGAAAAUUCGACCGCGACAUACGACGACAAACCAUAAUACAGAACCGCUCAUUAUCAUCAUCAUACACAAUGGUGAUUUCUUACAGUUGUGUCAUUCUGUUACCAUUUUUCAUAUGCACUUGAUUAAAAAGCGCUCAGCAAUGAUCAUUACUGACAUGAUUUUUUGAACAUAAUAAAAUAAACGCCGAUGAUGAUAUCGAUGAUAAACAAAAUUAAUUCUAAUGACAAAGGUAGGUUUCAGACUGUACCGAGUUAAAUUUCAACAUGCUCAGCGAAAUGUGGGCAUAUUCACAGUCUUGUUACGGCUACAGUUAACGAAUGCUUUUGACUACCCCAUUAAGGAUUAAUCACAAACAUAUUUUGGGUGUCGUAAGAGGUGACUGAGGGAGCUUUUGGUGAAAGGAUGGGCAGUAGCGUCCCUCUUAAAAUAUCACCAAAAGUUAAACUGCAGUUGCCAAUCUGUCUGCCAAGCGUGGCAACUACUGGCAAAACCCCCCCUUAAGAGAGAGGCUAUAUUCAGCAGUAGACAGUUAAUGGCCAAUACAACAUUUUUUUUAAUGAAAUGCUAAUAGCGAAAAACUGAACGCUCAGUUAUUUCUGUCUGAGAUGAUUUACAAGCUGAUUUAUACUGCGGGAAAAUCGCUCAUGUAAUUUUGUACUUAUAUAUUAUAGCUAUUCUUAACUUUCACAAUAUUAAUUAAAUUUCACUUUUAAUAACAUUUUUUUUUAAUUUCCAAUUUAAGAAAAUUAUCUUAUUCAUUUUUUAUUCAUUAAUUAUAUAUGUAUAAUUAUACAUUUACUUUUAAAAUAGAUUAUAUAAAUAAAUAUGUACACAAUUUUUUUAUUAUUACAUUUAUUAUUUUUAUAAUUUAUUAAUAAUACACUAAUGGUAUACCAGACAUAUAUUCAGGGAUGCUUAUCUCCAUUUGACCACCGUUGUCCGUUUACAAUUAAAGUGUUUAAUAAAGGUACAUAAACAUUAUUCGAGGCAAAAGUUAUUAUUUUUUGUUUCCAAUUUGUCUUUAAGAGAUUGUUUUUAACGAUAAAGCCACCUUUUGUAUAUGCAGACUUCUAUGUAUUGAACAAUAAAUAAAAGUUUUAUUAAAAGAAAUAUCAAAAAAGUUUGUGUUUAUUUUUUUAUGAUCAAUUACAGUCGAUAUUUGCCCUUACAAUAUUUUUUAAUAAAAUAUCGAAUCCGUCUUGUCACUUAAAAAAAUAAAAUUGUACUAAACAGAUGUUCAAUACAUGUUUAGACGUCUUACUACGAAAACGUGUCUAAUAUCAGUCUAUGUGUAAACAAGAAAAUCAAACAAAGAAUAAGACAAUCUAUGAUGUUACAAAAAAUAAAAGGUAUUACAAAGUAAUACUUUUUAAUUACAAUGAUCUAUAAAUUUUCGCUUAUAAAAUUACAAAUAAACAUAAUAAGACUAACUAAACAAUAUUUUAUCACUUAAACAGAGUUUUGUUAAACACUGUUUAGAUAAACAGCCUUUUAAAUAUUUUUCGCAGUAAGACCAAUCUUGUUUGCCUCGGAUAAUGUGUAUGCCUAUUGUAAUAUCGCAGAUAUAUCGAAAGUAAAAUUUUCGCAAGCAAUGACCUAGUUUAUAAGGCUUACACAGAGAGUGAACAGGGCUUGUAUCUUAUUGUAUAGCGGUCUAUAUUAUAAUAUAUACAUAUACAAUUUUGAACAAUACAAGAACAAAUUAUUUGAAAUAUUGUUCAUUAAACAUGUGAAAUUA